AGGGACAAUCCUAGGUGCAGGACAAGUAUGCCGAGGUACACAGUGCAUGUGCGAGGGGAAUGGCUUGCUGUGCCCUGCCAGACUGCGACAAACACCGUGAGAUGGCUGGGCAAAGAAGCAGUGAGGCGCUACAUGAAAAAUAAGCCUGACAAUGGAGGAUUUGCAUCUGUGGAAGAAGUACAAUUCUACGUUCGCCGUUGCAAAGGUCCUGGAUUACUGGACCAUGAGGAUACUUUGGAGGAUGCCCUAGAAGACAAUGAGUUUGUGGAAGUGGUGAUACAAGGCGAUGUGAUGUCUCCAGACUUCAUUCCAUCACAGCCUGAAGGUGUUUAUUUAUAUAGCAAAUAUCGAGAGCCAGAACAGUACAUUUCUUUAGAUGGGAACAGUUUGACAACAGAGGAUUUGGUCAAUCUAGGAAAGGGGCUUUAUAAGAUCAAGCUUACUCCUGAAGCUGAAAUUAAAGUCAGAGAAUCAAGAGAAGUUAUUGAAAGUUUUGUAAAUGAACAGAGAGUUGUCUAUGGAAUCACUACAGGCUUUGGCAAGUUUGCACGAACCGUUAUUCCAACCAGUAAGCUAUGGGAUCUUCAACUGAAUUUAGUCCGGUCACAUGCAGCAGGUGUUGGAAAGCCUUUGAUUCCAGAGAGAUCUCGUAUGCUUUUAGCUUUAAGGAUCAAUGUCCUUGCAAAGGGAUACAGUGGAAUUUCACUUGAAACUCUUCAGCAAGUAAUUGAAGCAUUUAAUGCAUCCUGCUUGCCCUACAUUCCUGAGCAAGGGACUGUCGGAGCCAGUGGAGACUUAGCCCCUCUUUCCCAUCUUGCUCUGGGACUCAUCGGGGAAGGAAAGAUGUGGUCCCCAAAGAGUGGAUGGGCAGAUGCAAAAUAUGUGCUGGAAGCUCAUGGGCUGAAGCCAAUUAUCCUGAAGCCAAAAGAGGGUUUGGCUCUUAUCAAUGGAACACAGAUGAUUACUUCUCUAGGAUGCGAAGCUGUGGAAAGGGCCAGUGCAAUUGCUAGACAAGCUGAUAUAGUGGCUGCUCUCACACUUGAAGUCCUGAAGGGCACAACAAGAGCCUUUGAUACCGAUAUUCAUGCACUGAGACCACAUCGUGGGCAGAUUGAGGUGGCUUUUCGAUUUAGGUCACUUUUAAACUCUGACCAUCAUCCCUCUGAAAUAGCAGAAUCUCAUAGAUUUUGUGACAGAGUACAAGAUGCAUACACAUUGCGUUGCUGUCCUCAGGUUCAUGGGAUUGCAAAUGACACAAUCGCCUUUGUAAAAGACAUAAUCACCACGGAAAUUAACAGUGCAACAGACAAUCCUAUGGUUUUUGCUGAGAGGAAGGAGACCAUUUCUGGAGGGAACUUCCAUGGCGAAUACCCUGCCAAGGCUCUGGACUAUCUUGCAAUUGGUGUCCAUGAACUUGCUGCAAUUAGUGAACGAAGAAUUGAACGACUCUGCAAUCCCUCCCUCAGUGAGUUGCCACCAUUUCUAGUCACAGAAGGUGGUCUGAACUCUGGCUUCAUGAUUGCUCACUGCACAGCUGCAGCCCUGGUUUCUGAGAAUAAAGCCUUGUGCUACCCCUCUUCUGUGGAUUCUCUUUCAACCAGUGCUGCUACAGAGGACCAUGUCUCCAUGGGAGGAUGGGCUGCAAGAAAAGCACUCAAAGUCAUUGAACAUGUUGAGCAAGUGUUGGCUAUAGAACUCCUUGCAGCAUGCCAAGGCAUUGAGUUCCUACGCCCCCUGAGAACUACGACCCCAUUGGAGAAAGUAUAUGACCUUGUGCGCUCUGUUGUCAGACCUUGGAUGAAAGAUCGCUUCAUGGCGCCUGAUGUCGAGGCUGCUCACAGACUACUUGUGGAUCAGAAGGUCUGGAAUGUAGCUGUACCAUACAUUGAAAAAUACAGAAAGGAACACAUUCCUGAGUUCAGACCGGUCUCUCCCACUGCCUUCUCCUUAGCAACAAGCAAAAACAUUUCACAUCACCACAAACAUCAUCAUAGUGAUUCAGAAGAAUCUGAUCAACAGUAAAAGCAAACAAAUUCACUUUGGUAUUUCAGUUGUUAGAUAAUUUGGUAUUUGUGUGUUUACUUAAAUAAUAAUCCCAUGCUCUGUACUUUAUUCCAAAGGCAAAAAGAGCCAAGUUCAAUGCUGGAAAUAUGCCUGAGUUUUGAGAAAAUGCAGAACAGUGAACUAUUGACAAAAAUAAUAGGAUGGCCAAAUCUUUAGCUGCAGAGUGAAAUGAGGGGAUGAGAGUGGGGGUGGAAAAUGCAAGUGUGGGUAUUCACUUAUGAAUAUAAGAAUAACCCUACUAAUAUCAAGCUGGAAUUUAGCCAAAUGAAAUUAGCAAAUUGUUUUAAUUUACAAAAACAAUAACUCUAAUUUAGCAAUCUUCACUGAGACUCAUUUUUCAGUCUUUUCAGUGACUCCUUGUCUGUUACAUCAAAAAAACACUCUAGAGUUCUGUUUAAUCAUGCCUCAAAGCUGAAUUACAAUGAUGCAAUUCUAUCUAAUCUGUGCAUCUUCCUCCUCACACUGGCAAAGAAAUGCCACGGUGCUCCAUGAAUUUGUGCUGCCCAUUUUCGUUUCUUCAUUGCCACUGGAAUAUGUUGUCAAGCUGCAGACCUGUAAACAAAAGCUGAAACUAAAAUAAAAAGACACUAAACAAGAGGGUGAAGCACCUAGGACUUGUGA